GAUCACAGAGAGUUGAUGAAGAGUCUACCUCAUCGAAUCUGCAAAUCGUUGUCUUCCAUUCCAGGCGUUUGUAUCGUAGGCCACACACCAAAGACUUCAGGGAUGAUAACAGACUUCCAUUAAAAACGGCUGGAACCACUCCUAUAUCACCCGUCCAAAUCCGUAUAUUUUUCUACGCUACUGAAACGCACCCGUGAUUGAUGCCUUGCCCGCCACCCGCCACCACCACUCUAAGCAGCGCCCCCAACGUCGGGGUCUCACCGGCCUGCACCGCUGCCGUCACCAGCAUAGUUCCCGGGCUGCCGUUGUCUCUGCAGCCUCCGCUUCCCUCUGCGGAACUUCUGAUGCAGUACCGUAGGAUGGAACAGCCCAUGGGCCCGCCAACUCAAGUGCCGCCUUCACCAUCUCAGCACUCCACCGCUCCGGUCCCUCAAGGCUCGGGCCCAAUGGCAAGCCCGACCGUCCCACUAUGGAACUCAAGUGGUGUUGCUUAUCCAGACUGGGCCUACAAACCGGAGUCAAGUCCCGGCAGCCGGCAGAUCCAGUUGUGGCACUUCAUCCUGGAGCUGCUGCAGAAGGAAGAGUUCCGUGACGUGAUUGCCUGGCAAGGUGACUAUGGGGAGUUCCUCAUCAAGGAUCCUGAUGAGCUAGCCAGACUAUGGGGAAUGCGGAAGUGCAAGCCGCACAUGAACUAUGAUAAACUUAGUCGAGCACUUAGAUAUUACUACAACAAGCGGAUCUUGAACAAAACCAAAGGCAAGCGCUUCACCUACAAAUUUAACUUCAGCAAGUUGAUAUUGGUGAACUACCCAGGAACUGACCUCAAAUAUGUGCCUCCAUUCAUUCCUGCCUCUCGGGGUGGAAUUGGUUCCUCAACGGAAGAUCCGAGCAUGGAUGAUGAACCAAGCACACCGUCCCACCUGACGAAAGAAGGCGGAUCAUGCAGCGACUCCGGGGAGUCCUUGGAUGGCGACGAGAAACCUGGCAGCCGCCGCCACCGUUCUCAUAGUCUGGGAGACACCGAGCCACCAUCAACCAUGUCUGUUCAUCCUCCCACGCCUACCCAUCAUGCCUUGCCACCUGGUUUCAGUGAACAUGAUCAUAGAUUAGCCGGUUUGAUGAGCCCUAAUCUACGUCACAAUUACAGUGGACCUGCCUUUCAAAUGAUGCGGCCAGCAUCUAUCUUCUCCCACUCUCUGCCGGCCAGUCCUUGUUAUCUAUCACCGCUAGCCAGUCCAUCUUCAACAAUGAGUCCGCUCUUAUCAGCACCCGGUCACCCGCAUGGCCCAGCAAGGUUCACCUACACGCCAGCAGAGAUCCAAAGGGCUCAUCAAGAGGCUCAAGCGCAGGCAGCAAUCGCGAGGUUAGAGCACGAGCGUGUCGCUCAACUCCGUGUGGCUGAUGCGCAUGCCAGGGCCUUCCCUCUGUCUGUGCCGGCGUCUCCUGGCACAUUGUGGCGCACGCACACAGAGAACGAAAUGCGCAUCAGAAAUCUGGAGCUGACUGCGGCCGAGAAGUUACAGCGGCAGGAAGAGCAAAAGCGACAAGAGGAACAAAAGCGUCAGGAGGAGCAGAAGCGACAGGAACAGAAUCGCCAAGAACUCAAACGACAAGAACAACUUCGACAAGAGCAACAAAACCUAGAGACGCAAAGAUUACAAAAGUCUCCUGAAAAGGAAAUACGCAUCCCAGAAAGGCCAGUGCAGUCAGAACUAUACUUGCGUAGAAUGGCUGAGAAACAGGCCAGACAGGCUAGCGAGCGUCGUGUCCCGCCCGCUAUCACCAUAGAUGACAGAACUAUCACAAACUCUGCAAGUGUUAGAAAAACGCCUGAACCUGUGCCGUGUACAAUUACCAGCCCUCCAGAAGAGCAGCAAGAACAUGUCAAGCCAUGUCGGAAGACGCCUCCACCACCACUCAAAGUCGACUCAAAGCUUUUUGAUAUCAAGCCGCCAAGCAGUGCUCCCCCAAUCAACGACAGGCUAGAUGCUCGACGAUUUGGACCAGGAUUUAGAGGAAGUCCUGGGCCACCACGCAGGGUCAUUGUCCACACUAGUAAUGAGAGUCGAUCUGAGGAAGACCUUCUGGAUGCGGACGAUAGCUCUAACAGCAAUCAAGAAUCAGUCCCUAUCAAGCUGCGAUUCAAACGCAAAUGGAACCGCGACAUCUCGCGCCCACCUUCAUUCGCAGAGAACAACGACACAAAGUCUCCCAAGAUUUUCUUUGACUCCAGUCCCUCGUCACGCUCCUUGCCUUGCACUCCAACUCAACGAUCGCAGAUGGGCACGUUUUUCCAGUUUCCAAGUCCGAUGGAAACACAGACCGAACACGAGCCUUCUGCGUCCUCGAUUCAACCUCCUAAGGAAAAGGAAAAAGAAUCCUUACGUCGUUUCAGAGACUACUACUUUGAAACCAAUCACGGUACCAAGGACAGUCGAAGAUUAUUACAGGAGCCAGAAAAGCGUCCAAAGGAACGCGUAUUGAGUAUAGAAUCCAUCAUAGCAAAAACAGAACCACUGCGCCCAGUACCCAACAUGCGUAGCUCCAGUAGUGCACCUAGUAUUGCCACCACUUCUAGCAGUAGCACCAGCACUGGUAGCACUGAACUUGAUAAAAAUGAGAUGGACAGUGAGAAACCUGUCACAUCUUCCCAAUGAUACCUAGAUUACAGUGUACAUACCCAGGCGUUAGGUAUUUGUAGGAAGGCACUUAUGCUUAUUCAACUUUUGGUAGAGCAGAAAGCAGUUAUACAAAGUAGCUUCCCAGUCAGCAGCAUGUUUUGAUAUCGCAGUAUUUAUGCCAAUAAUCAUGUUUCUAUAUCGUCCUCUUGAGGAGGUUACCAAGUGACGUACAGUAUAUGGGCCAACUUCCUUUGUCGUCCAUCUGAGGAUGCAUUCAAUCAAGUUUUCAUAAGACUAUUAGCACAAACAAGAAUCAUGAACAAAAUGCAAAGAUCAAUUGUUUUGGGGAGAUCAUUCAACUGCACUUCCCCCUAUUUUUGUAUCUCACCCACCAUGUAUCACAAAUCGGUGAAUUUGACAGAGGAAAUAAAGGUCAACAUUUGAGUGUAUCAAAUACUUGUCUGAUUUUGGAAGAAGCCCCGUAGUAGCAUCAUGAUUGAGAUCAGGGGCCCGUCUUGCAAAGAGUUGCGAUUGAUCCAAUCAAUCGCAACUAUGGAAAGCCAGCAAAGUCAACAUAUAAAAUGCACGUUUAGUCAAAAAAAAUUCUAGAUAUGAAUUCAUAUCCAUAAAUUCAUUGAUUUCUUUACAAUUUGGUGUGUUCUCCUUUGUUUACAAAGGACAUUGUGCGAAUUUCCUUAAGAAAAAUUUAUGAGAUUGAUGGAUGUCCAUAUAUUUGAGAUUAAUCGGAUCAAUCGUAACUCUUUGUAAGAUGGGACCCUGCAUUGUGUCCAAGAACAAUCAUGUCAUUUAUUUCAAAAUCUCAUUAAAAGACGUACAACAUACAAUUCAAAUUGGAAGAAGAAUUUACUGUGGAAAUAUAUAAGAGAAAAUGAGAAGGGGGGGAGGUAGCUAUGCAUAGGCCAAUGGCCUUUCAAAGGCUUGGCUCUAAAACAAAAACAUAACCUAAUAAUAAUUAUUGAAGAAUAAUUAUAAGGGAGAAGGUACUGUAGACAUCUGGGUGGGUGUGUGAUGAGGCAUUUUUUGCUGAAUCACCUUUCUAAAAGCACCUGUUCAGCCUUUGAUGUGCUCUUAGCCCUUCAUAUCUGCCAUAUUGAGUAGCUUAUAACAGCUUGUCUCCCAAUUUUAGUAGCUUAUAACAGCUUGUUUCCCAAUUUUAGGAGCUUAUAACAGCUUGUCUCCCAAAUUUAGUAGCUUAUAACAGCCCGUCUCCUAAUUUUAGUAGCUUAUAACAGCUUAUUAUUUACAACUAGUCUCGUCAGACGGUCCAGGUGUAACCACAGUCUUGUUUUUGUGACAAUGUAAUAUGAGCGAGCUGAAAGCAUCCAAUCCCAAGAACAAACGUUGACAAAUUAAAUGUGUGUCCUUGCCUUGUUUUUAUCCCCCCCACCCCUGAUUUUAUUAUUUUUAUCCUUUUUUUGAAUUCACAUCCAUUGACUUUUUAUAUGUGUGACUUUUUACAAAUUAUGUUCUAUGGUAUUGCACUGUAUGAGAUAAUUAUUUUUUGACUUGAAGUUGAUUCAAGAAUUACAUAUAUGCUUCCGCCUUUAAUGGUAACUAUUCAUGUAACAUUUAUUGAUACUUGUGUUUUAUUAUUAUUAAGAAAUAGAGAAUAGUGUACUGUAUCGUUAUUUUAUUCUGUCCGUAUACAUACAAUAGGGUUUGUAUAUUGUGCAUGUGUGUGGGAUGCAGAUGUCUUGAAGUUUUAACCCUUGUAUACGAGACGUCCUUUCAUUCACGGCAGAAACUCAUCAUUUCUUGUAGCCAUACCUUCAAACAUGAAUUUGAAUGAAAAAUCUUUUAGUAAAUGAUAUAAAAUAAUUGUUUCAUUGUGGGUGGCGUAACUGGCAGAGUAACUACUCAAGAAGUUGAAGUAUUCAAGGGUUGUUGUAUUAAGCAUUUGCUGUCUUUCGUCAUCACGGUGAAGAUCCAAAUUAAUAGCUGCACUUGCAUAAAGAUUGGAGGGGUUUUGGGGGGCACUUACCCGCAUCCUCCCCAAGACAGAAAAAAAGUAUCCCACAACCAAGAAAGAAAUAAAUAGGUGGAGGAAGGAAAACGUUGAAAUAUACUAUUUUCUUAAUAUAUGACGUCUAAAUCUAUAAUGAAACUAGGUUUUCAUCAAAAAAUAUAUCAAAAUGUUCACCUAAGAGCGAUUUUUAAGGAUGUUUUCCUCUUUAUCUUGUUCCCCGUCAAUAUUUGUUGCUUAUGAAGCCACUAGUGCUGAUCCAAAUGCCGAUUCAAGUAUACUUAAUAACGGUAUGAAGAAAAAAAUGUUAUUGUCCAUAUCGUCUUGGCCUUUUUAAAUAGGGGUUCGCAUUGUUUGUUUGGCUUUUUAUAAAAGCGAUGGCGAGGGUAAUAUUAGCUUUUAGCCUUUAAAUCUAGAUACUGAAAAUAUGGUAAUGCGCAGUGUAUCUUUCGGAAUUCGCUCUGUUUUCGGUCAGCCAAAAGUGCAAAUCAUGUCAUUUUCGCCUGUUUAGAGUAAGAGUGAUAAUCACAAAAAUGAACGGCAUUUGAUCGUUAUAAGUUUGAAGUAUUCCAAAUAGUUUCAGAAUUCACUGUAGCAUGUGCGGUUUUUAUUCUGUAAUCAGUCUGCGUCGUUAUCCAUAACUAAAUUAGUUAAUAAAAUGACCAAUAUCUGGUUUGAUCUUCUUUAAUAGAGAAAGACGUCUCGUAUCCAAGGGAUAUAAGUAGUUGUAAUUCAUGUAUUGUCGUUUUCAUCAACGCCAUUAUAUUCCUUUAUUUAUUUCUCUUGAAGAAAAAAAAGUGUUUCAUGGAGAACUUGAUUGUUCUGUUUAAUGUAUUUGUCAUAUGGCGCUGGCGUCCUCAUGAAACUAGAUUGAAACCCGAUGCGGAAAGCGGCAAAGGGUGUGUCGCGUUUGUGCAUGUAUUUUCACCGUUGUUUCUAAAACGCAAAUUAUGCCAACUGCUGCUGAUCGUUUAUAUUUAUGUGAUGAUAAAAUCUUUGUUUAUAGAUGCCAUGUAAACGCUUCUUCACGCUAUACUUUUGAUCACAUGAAGCGUUCAUUAUUUGAAUAUACUUAUCAACCAAUUAUGUCUUCAUGUUUACAAAGUUGUGUGAGUAGUAUCCUAUAAUAUUGUAAAAUCAAAUCAUCGUGCACUGUAAUUAGUGUGUGGGUGGUACUUAUCUAUUUGUGUAUAUGUAACUAGGUUAAGUAUAAAGUCUGCUCUUUGAUUGAAAAAAAUGGAUAUCGUCCGACUUUUCUGCACUCUCUCUUCUUUUCACUAUUUUCAAUCGAUUUUGAUAAUUUCUAGUUCGAAAUAACCCUAUUCAUCACGUCUCAUAUGCUGCUUUCGUUUGUUUGAAUGUUGUUUUCAGCAUUCCAAAAUGUGGUUGUAUAGUAACCAUUAGCAACGCCUCCACUUGAUAACAGUUGCCUGUUUCCAUGGUAACAAGCGGGAGAAUGGCUGAUUGCGUAUUUGCCCUAAAUCCGGUAUUCUCAUAAGUGUCCUUCUUAUAUCGUCCAUUUUAAUAUUCAGUUUUAAAGAGAAAUUUGGCUUUGAAAAAUUUAGGAUUCAAAGUAGUUUGAUGAUCAUGUCGAAACUUAAGGCUAUGAUGAUAGUAUAUAUAUACCGAUCAUUGGUUUCCCAACGCCUAAAAGAAAAUGGCUUCUGAAAAUGCCAUCUAUUUGUAAUGUUGGCCAGUUUUAUUAAGAUGUGCUAUACGCAACUUCCGGGAUGCCCUUAUUUAGCCGAAACGCGCUUUGCGGAAGAGAAGUAGACUUACUGUUAUUUGCAGCUCUAUUACAAAACUUACCUCUGCUAAAAAGCCGUGGCACAGGAAUUGCGUCACAAAUCGAGAGUCGCCUAUUGACAUUCGCCUUCCCAUCCCGAAGAAGUUGCAUGAUACAUUUUAAUUUCAUCCUUGCUAAGGUAAUGCUUUACGUCUUUCUUAAGACCGGGUUACACUUGCACCGGAACCGAAUCAGCUGCAAAUUCAUCCGAAUACACGUAUUCGGGUGGUUUCGGGUGUAUUCUGUUCUCCCUCCGCGAAUGCGAGAAAACUCGGGAAGGAGUCGGGAACAUUCAAAUCCGAACGAAACCAUGCGAAUUAGGCUCGAAUCGCUCCGAAUUCAUUCGGGAAAAUUCGGUUUUGGUUUAACCCUGGCUAUUGAUAUUGGUCAUGAACCUCUUUCAGCUUUUUUUUAAAUUUAAUCUUUCAUUAAUUCCUUCUUCUUUCCUCUCUGCCCAAUGACAUUCCUCUCCCUUCUCUCUCGCCUCCUGUCUCUAGCAUAUUCUAAUUCUGUUAUUUAUUUCACUUCUACUCUCUUUCUCUUAUUUUAAGGGUGUGUUUCAUGAAAGAAUACUGACAGUUACCAAAGUAACAGCCAAUCAAAAUCAAGGAAAGUUGUCAUCAGAUUCGACAACUUGUCGGACAAAAAUGUCGAUGAAACACUCCCCAAAACUUCUUGUUUCUCGUCUUGUCCCUUUUUCACGUCCACCACCUUCAUUCUCCACGUACUCUGACCUCCUUUAAUCUUCCACCCCCGCGCGCCUGUUACCCAUCUCCCUCUUCCACUUCCGGGUUAUCCCUUAUCUUGACGUCACGAUUUUGAUUCUAAUUUAUUUCACGAGCCAGUAUCUUUCUCAGCAUGUGAAAAACGAUGUGUAGCAAAGUGAAUUGUAAACAAAAUGGCAUCUUAACGCUUUAUAUAACAACUCGAAAAUUUCGAUGAUUCUUUUUUUUUUACAAAGAAUAACUAUCGUCAUUACUAUCAUGAAUUUGAGACAAAACUAAUUCAAGAAAUAAUGCCAUCAGGAAGGACUUGCGAAAUUACAUUUUGUCAUGCUCUUUUGAUGAUAUUAAAAUUGUAAAUUGGGAUUUCGAUUGUAUUUUGCUUUCGAAAAUGAUCACGUGAUUAUCUAAACGGUUUUAGAAUUUUUUGUUUUCAUUCUGACUUGUGCUAAGAACGAGCUUCAAUUAAAAAACAAACGAACCAUAUCAUGACUAUUUGAUAACAUUCGACUUGAAAAAAUGUAAAUUUACAUAAAUUUAAUGCUAUGCAUUGAUUUAAUCAAAGAUCAUGUGGAAAUUCAAAUGAUAUAAUUUUAAUUGAAACUCGCGUUACGCUUUUAACAACGUCAGACAAAUUCCAUACUCCUUCGUUGUGUCAAGUCAAUACUUGUCAAAAUUCGUAUAUUUUUUUUUUUUUAAUUAUUGACUUUUAUUUUGGGGGUCUUCUUGAUAAAUGACAAAAGCCUGUUAAAGGAUUGCAGAAUUGUCGCUGAUUAUAUAUAUUUUUGAUCAUGUGUAAAUGGCAUAAUUAUAUCUUUCAUUAUUGUAGCAAAUAUUUGCUUGAUAUGGAAGGGAAAUAUAAAUGCGAUAUUUUUUAUCGAAAGGAAGUUUCUCUUUUCUGUUAAGUUUUGUGUACAGUAUGUUCUCUUCAUUUUUUUAGUCACAGAUUAUCUUAUUUUGUGUAUGGAGUUAUAUUAUUGUACAUCUUUAACACAUGUAAAUGAUAUUGCCGAUAAGUAUAAAAUUGUUGUUUAUUAAACUGCAAUGCCUAUUUGGUAAACAAA